UACACGACUUUAGGGAUGUGAUGUAUUGGUGGUGUCGAGGUGAGCAGAAUCUUUCAUAUAGAAGAUAGUGAGAGCCAGAGGAGACACCAACACUGGACGCCAUGAAGAAUUUAUAUGAGCGAUCACUGGACGACUCCAAUACAGAUAUGGACGGAUCUUCAUCCAACUUCAAUGAGACAUUUUUUAGCUAUACAGUAGGUCGUGCAAAGAAAAGCCAAGGUUGGAUCAUCCUAGCUCUUGUCGUGACUCUGGGCAUCAUCUUCAUCAUUUUGGGUAUCCUUACUGGAAUCCUGUUUGGACAUUAUUCCACAAUGAACGAUGAACUCACAGUUCUAAAAUAUAACGUUUCAGAUCCAGUUAAUGAAAAUAAUGUCUUGGAGCUCUGGAAAGCUGUUUCUAAUAUCAUGGGGGAUCUGUCAAGGUUAAAAGAUAAAGUGGACAUCACAGACGGGGGCUGCAAAACCUGUCCUCCUGGAUGGAAAAUGAUCAGGUCGAAUUGCUACUAUUUGUCUUCAACCUCUCAAACAUGGGAAAGAAGCAAAGAGCUUUGUGCAGAACGUAAUGGGAUCCUCAUGGUGAUUAAAAAUGAGUUUGAAAUGACUUCUUUAUGGCCGACCAUAAAGCAAGGAAGAUACUGGAUAGGACUGAGACGAGAUCCUAAAGACAUUGGCAUGUGGUUGUGGACAGAUGGAUCGCCGCUGACAUACAGUGUCUGGAAUGAAGGUGAACCCAAUAAUGAUCGAGACAAUGAACACUGUGCAGAAAUUAUGGGAGGAGUUCAGGCAUGGAAUGACCGGCCAUGUAUGGAUAGAGUGAACUUCAUAUGUAAGGGAGUAUGGAGCUGUUAAAGGGGGUGUCUCCACUUUGGGCAACCCAAGUUCUUGAAUGCCUUUUGAAACCCAAGUUCUUGAAUGUUUCUUCAUAAACCAAUUAUAGUGUGACCCCCUGCUGAAAAGCUGUUUGUGUUUCCUAAGUGGAAAAGCAUAAGAACUCCUCUAUAAAGCUUUAUUGUUUACAUGGCAAAAGCCACGUAGCUCUUAAAGGGGUUGUCAAGCAAAAUAAUCAACCUGUGUAUGGUGUCAAAAGGUGCACAGAUAUUUUGUCAGCUGAGAUGUCUGGUUUGAAAUGUCUCUGAAUGGAGUUUGCUCCUUCCCUGCUUGACAUCCCCUCCUAUCUACUCAAAAGUAGAUAAGUGAUGUGAAGAAGGGAUCAUGUAUUACUGCUCAUAAGAUUUCUGAAUCAUUAAGAGAGGAGUAAUCCUUUUUCUGACAGAAAAUACUAUGUCCAAGAAAGGCUUCCUGCUGCCUUAUCUAAUGAUUCAUAAUUUAAUGUGCAGUAAUACCAGCUCCCACAUUCACAUCACUGGUCUCAUCCUGAAAAGAAAAGAGGGGGGGGGGGGGGAGCAGGGACAGCGCAGACUGCAUUCAGAGAGUAUGACAGCAUAUCUCAUACGAAAAAAUCUGUGCAGUAUAGCUAAUAACAUUAUAUUAGUAAGUUGCUUUAUUAUACUUUUUGCACAGUACACAAGUUGUUUCUUUAGCUGUGCAACACCAUUAAAUGGAUAUUCUGAAUUUUGUUUUUGCUCAACCAUUGCCUAGCUCUCGUUGUGUUUGUGGUGCACUGCCUGCGCAGCUAAUCGACAGCUCAGUUCUGGGAAAAGGACAGUUGGGGCAUGGAACGCUGAAACUCCCCAAUACUCCUAUGGACAACUUCUUGUCUUUUGUUGUUUUUUUUUGCUCUGUAGAGGAAUCUAGCAGAAAAAUCACUCCAUAAGUCCAUACAUAAUACUAAUGCCAGGGUAUCAUAGUGAGUGGCUUGAUCUUCCUUCCUGCUCCUCUUCCUCCUCUAUACAGACACAAAAGUAGAGCUUUUCAUCCUGCUUUACGACUACAUUGAGCUUUGAUAGCUUUGAGCUUUAAUUAUUUUAAAGUAAAGGCAGGCUGUAAUAUUAUACCAAAAUCUAAAUUCAUACACAUAGUAAAUACAUCCCCAGCACAGAAAUGGUUAAUGCAGCCCGAUUGUACAUAAUAUGACAAAUGACUGGAGAAGAACCUACGUUCACAUGUAUAGUAUGUAUAACCCUUUUGCACAUUCGCAUGUUGUCUUAUUGUCGCAGAAAUUCUAUAUAUGUGUGCACAUUUCCAUGUCAAACAAAAUAAAUGGUAACAUAAAAUGUGCAUGCUCCUGGCCUGUGUAUAAUAAACAAUGGUGAAAAU